CAUUUGUCAUUUUUUGGCAUGCGCGUUUGAGGAUGCUACAGACAUUGUGCUCAUGAGUGUUUUGUUAAAAAUUAAGUUCGGUGAUUCAAAAGUUAGUGAAACUUUCUUGUGAGUUUGUUGCUUAUUGUUUUGAACUUAUUUCAAGAUGAAUAAAACAUGUGCGCGGUGCGUAAAAACUGUUUAUCCCACAGAGGAACUCAAAUGCUUGGACAAGGUUUGGCACAAAGGGUGCUUCAAAUGUCAAGAAUGCGGGAUGACUCUCAACAUGAGAACAUACAAAGGAUAUGGAAAGCUACCUUAUUGCGAGUCACAUGUUCCAAAAGCGAAACAUACGACCAUGGCGGAAACUCCAGAACUCAGGCGGAUAGCUGAAAACACGAGAUUGCAGAGUAAUGUCAAUUAUCAUGCCGAUUUCGAAAAAAGCAAGGGGAAAUUUACACAGGUAGCGGAUGACCCCGAAACUUUAAGAAUUAAAGCGAAUACGAAGAUUAUAAGUAACGUUGCGUACCACGGUGAAUUGGAAAAGAAGGCCCAGAUGGAGAGGCAGAGGCAGAUUAAUGAAAAUGGCGAAAUUGUUGAUCUCGCAACAAACGAUUAUCAACAUCAAAUCGACUCGUACGCAACGGAGAUGCUUCCAAACCUACCGCCGAAAAAUCAUUACCAAACACCAGCACGCCAAGAGUACAAAGAGAUUUACAACUACCCGCAAUAUGAGGAGUUGGCGUCGCAAUCGAAUUAUGGCUCGAAAAUUGGUAGGAUUCAAGAUUAUGACCCGUUGAGCGAUGGGCCGCGGGCGCCGCCCAACACUCAGCGGGCGUCGGCUACUUUGAUUUAUAACAGCUCCAGUGAUAAGAGAGGAACACAGCAAGUCCAACAACAGACCCGCAACAUAGGGCGGGUCACAGAUAUGGAUCCACUUGCGAAUGAGCAUCACCAAUCACAGGUCACGCAUCAGUCACACAGACCAGCUAAUCAUCACAAUCAGCGAGUCUACGUAGCGAUGUAUGACUACGAAGCGAAUGAUAGCGACGAGGUAUCAUUCCGCGAGGGUGACCUAAUUUCAAAUGUCACGUCCAUAGACGAGGGAUGGAUGACAGGUCAAGUGUUAAGAACUGGCCACACUGGUAUGUUGCCAGCUAACUACGUCGAACUUGCCCCAAAUUACCCCAAUUAAACUGUUAAUUGCUUUAAGGCGAUUUAUAAAUUUUAUUAUAUUUUUAAUAAAACAUUACGAUAUUUCUAAUAAUCUUGUUCCCUUGUACUAGCUUCCGACCCCGACUUUGAACCUAUAUAUUUCACAUUAUAUAUAAACGCUAUUAAUAAUAAAACCUUCUUCAGGAAUAACCCUAACUAUUAGUGUUGACUAUACGACAAUCGGUUCAGUAGUUUUCGUUAUUUUAUAAACGCAGACAUAAUUUUUAACAAUUUUAUAUUAAAAACAAUAUUUAUAAUUGGAUUCAAUAAUUUAAAUUAAACAUUUAUAGCAAGAACGUGACGUAACAUGCUUGUAAACACGUGAACAAAUAUCAAGUUUUUAACAUAAUUGACAUUAUUUUACAAUUUUCGAUAAACAAUAGUCUUCUUGGCAUGAUGGCGUCCCUAUGACGCAACAUGCUUGUAAACACGAUAAAAUACAGUCUCAAACUCAAAGACAGUGUUAGGAUACGACAGAAAAAGAUACAUUAUUUCAACUUUGACUAAACUGGUCGCGUUGUGUCA